GGGGAAACUGUUUUUGUAACAAUUAUUGACUCAAUAAUUUAUUGACUAUGCCGUUAUUUGGAAAAAAUAGUUUACCUAAAAAAUUAAAAUUGUAUAUAUUUUGUGUUUCAAUCCUUAAAUUAUUUGUACGGAACUUGACCGAGCAUAUCCUUAUAAGUAAGCUUUCUAAUUUGAAUAGAAAAUUAUAUAAAAUCAGAUUAUUUUGAGAGUAGUAGCCCAUUUCAGAAUAAUCCCACUAAAACAUUUUUCGCCUAAUUUUCAGCCACUUUAUAGUCAAUGGUAAUCUGAUCUUUAGUUCAUUUUGUAUAUUGUGAUGUAUCCUUAUCUUGACGGCUUAAUAAUUAAAUUUGUAUGAUUAUAAUGCAAGCAAUAUUUUUCGUCCCAGUUUAAAUUUAAAACUACAAAUGCAUUAUAAAACCCUUUAAAUGAAAAGUGCGAAUAAAUAAUACAUUUUAAUGCAAUAUAAUUAUACCACUACUACAUUAAGAUGGCUGAUGAUGAUGUUGAAUGUAAAAUCGAAAGGAGGUAGCGUAUCUUAAUUGUGAAUUGAGCAGUUACAUCAGUUGCUAACACUGCUUAUUAGUCUUAGCUAGUCCUAGUUCGGAUUAUGAAUAAAAUUAUUCAAUAGUUGCAAUUUAUAGUCCUAACCGACUAAGUUAACUCUCUGCAGUCGGACUAUAGAAAUGGUACUAAACUAAACUUAAACUAAGUUGUUAUAUAAUAUAUAUAUACCAUAGCCAUAGAUUUUGUGGGUGGGUUAUUUAUUUCUUUCCUUAAAUUUUUAAUUUAAAAAAAAAAUGUAUUAUGUUAAAAUAACUUGUGUCAUUGGUUAAGUAUUUGUAAAUAUUAAAAUUAUUACAAAAUUUGAAAUUACUAUUUUAAAAAAAUAUUUUUUGAAACUUAUUCAGUGCCGCUGUCGGAGCAUCCCUUGAAAGCUUUGCCGAUUUCCAAAAAGAACAAAAUAAUAUUAGUGUCACAAAAAAAUUAAUUACUGGUAAUAAUAUGGUCAAAUGAUUUUAAUUUCCCGAUUAUCAAGGAGUUAUUUGUUUUUCUAAAGUCUAAAAUAAUGUAUCCAAAUGGAGACUGUAAUCAUGAAAUUUAUCCCGAUUUGCAAAUGAAAGUACCGACUAAUCCUAUCGUAAACAAGUAAGCUUAAUUUUAAUUAUUAUUUCCCGACUAUAAAAUUAAUAAUAAAACAAUAAAGUCUUGGCUGAAGUAUAUAUUAUCCAUUUAUACUUAUACCUAUUACUAUAUUGAUAUAUUCUAUUUGAAUUUUAUUGAGUUUCAAUAAUUUUAUAAUAAAUGAAUAGCGUGGUUAUGCGAAAUAAAUAUUUUCUAAAACUAGCAGGAAAACUCCUGCUGAUGGGAACUUGCGUACUUAAAAAAAUAAAAUUAAAGUUAAGGACUUCUGAGUUUUUAACUAAAUAUAUUUCUUUAAAUAUGUUACAGCCAAGAAUAAUCUUCUAAAUUUUCUAAUAUUGCAUAGUAGAAAUGUGUUUAAAAUUAAUUAUCAUUAUCGCUAGUCACUAGUAUUAGUAGAGACUACACAACAGAAUAAAAAAACAAAAUGUUUAUGUUUUUAUUAAAAUUAAAAGCUCAUUAACUCUAAUAGCAAGGAGGAGAGAGAGACUAAAAUGCAGUUAUUGGAUCAAGAAGCCCAUAUUCCUUAUCGAGUUACCUGAUGAAUAUCUUUGUAGAUUUUACCCUAAAAACAACUGGUGGUAAGUUUUAAUCUAAUCACUUGGUAGCAAAAUGCAUAAAGAAUAAACUCACAAUAUUGUUAUAACAUAUGUUAUAAUGUAUUUUCUAUGUACAAUGGUUUACUUUUAUACUAAUUUAGGCAUUUGGACUAGGAUUAAAGUUAUUUUCCCCUUACUGGUAGCAUAGCAUUACUGAUACCAUUAGUGUUAAUUUUAUUUAUGAAUCAAUCAAAUUUUUUUUUCACAGGUUCUUUAUUGAGUGAAUGUUCUGUGGUGAAAAAUGUUACCUACUCUUAUGUGGAAAUCAAGUCCAGGCCAAGCUCUUAUUUAUCAAUUAUAAUUAUUAUAAUAAAAAUGCAUAUUGUUUUAAGAAAUAAUAUUUAUUCAGUGUCCAUAAAUAUAAUUAAGGAAUACUGUAGUUUGUCGGCUUGGGUUAUGUGAGGAUUAUAAAAAAGAUAUAUAAAAAUACUGGUACAUAGGGAACAAUAUAUCAGAUUAGUGGGGAAUCCAUUGUAUUGGGCAUUAAUAUCAAAAUUAGAAGUAUUGUACUGAAAAUUUUUGAUAUUUUUAACUUUAACAUAAGACAUAAGGGAAUACCGGCACAUUAACAUUUUAAAAAAAAACAAUAUUGGCUCUUGUUUUGAGUUAUUUAUAUAAUCAUCAAAUUUUACUUAGUUUUCUUUUACUCAAGAAUUAUCAAGAAAUAUAUUUAAUAUACAAAUAUAUAAGUUAUGAGGCACAUUUUAAAAAUAUAUUACAUACAAAACAUAAUUUUAAUUAAAAGAAAAUUUUAGUGAAUUUUAAAAAAAAUAAAAGACAAAAUAUAGGUUUUGCUAAAAUAUUGACAACUAUUUUAUUUUUCAUAGAAUGUUUGUCAUGUUUGACUAUGAAUUGUAUUAGAUGAUGAAGUAUUUUAUUUAAAUAAAUUUUAACUCUUUUAUAACAAGGACUUUUUUUUCCUUCAUACUGUGUCAAAAUUGUGCAUAAAAUGAAAAAUAAUUCUCCAAUUAUAUUUUAAUUAUUUUUAUAACUGAGAAAAGAAAAUAUACAAAAAAUAUUUAAUGAUAGCUGAGUCAAAGAUGAACAAGUUAAUCUAUGUAAAUGAUCAGAUCAGAACAAUGUGAGAUAAGUUAAUUAAUUAUUUUUAAAAAAUCACCUUAAGAUUUUUAAGAAAUGUGAAAAAAACGGUCAGACUGCAGAGAGUUAAAUUAUUAAGCAUUGACCAUGGGGCAAAAUCCGAAGUCCGGUCCCAAAUUAUUUCCAAUGAUUACUCCUUACUUUAAAGUCUUAGGUAUCAUUUUCUUUGAAAUUCAUGUUUGCGGCAGUGGACGAUGUUGGAUGGAGGUUGUUAGCCGUCGAGAUGCACAAACAAUUGAGCGCAUUAUCACUAAUCAUGUGUUACUAGGGACAACUAUAGUCAUGGACUCUUGGUGAGGAUAUCAAAAUUUCGGUCAGCUCAACAACGGGAUUUAUGCUCACGCUGUCAUUUUGCACACACAUGAAUUUGUUGAUCCAGUAGACCAGGACAUUGGAUGCAAGCGAAACGUUAACUCCCCUAUCAGAGUGGUACUAUUCGUGUUCGUGGUCUGUUUGCCAGCUACUUUGGGGCGUUUCAGUGGUGCAGCAGUCACAAGCAGAAUGUUUUCAGCUGCUAUUUGCAAAUGCCAUGUGCCAAUUACAAUAUUUAGUAUUUAUUGAUUGGUUUGUGAAGUGACAGUUAUUUUGCAAAAGCUAUGAUUGACAUUUCUGUUGUUUUCUAACAAUACACACUGUGCAUUGCAAUUUUUUUCACUGGGACCGGACUUCGGUGGAUUGCCGACCAUGGCAUUUAAAUAGUGCCUAUGCUUAUACUAUAGGCCUAGGAAGUAUGAUAUAGCUGAAACUGGACUUUUUUUUUAGUGCUAACAUCCUUUGAAAUAUUUUUAAUAAUCUUUUAGAUAAAUUUUGAGAUAAUGGUAUGGGUUUUGCCAAGAGUUUUCUCACCCUAAGCGCAGUGACGUCACAUUGGGGAAUCCCAACACUGGACUUAGGGUCAAUAGAUCUAUUCUUGGAAGGACCCGAACGAUGUGUGUUCUUUAUUGAGCAUUACUCAUUAAUUACCAGCAUUACCAUUAAUUUGUAUUAAAAUUCAACUUAUACGUAUACCCCAAUACCCAACACCAGUGAAAAAAUAGACACCCGUCAAAAUUGCUGUAUUUUGAUUAGUUGAAAUCAAAAUACCUGUAUCUUGAAACUUAGGUAGCAAAAGGAAGACUACUACUUAAAUUGCUUUUGGAAUUAUCUUCUAGGAACUGCUUUAAAUACCGGUACCAAAAUAAAAAACAUUGAAAUAAGAAACAUAGAAAUUCACUAGGGAGAGGUCUCCCCAGUACCCCUCCCCAAUUUAAGAAAAAAAUAUAAAAUAAGAAAACAAUAACUUGCAUUAUGUAAAUAUAAACAUCGAAAUCUUUUUAGUAUGGCGCUGUAGACGGAAAUGGACCUGGGGGAACCUCCGUGACCUAUAUACCGUGGAACACAUAGUCGGCCUUACCGCCAACUCAAAACCAGCCAAUCUUUUCUGUCCUUUUUUUCAAGGCCAAAAUGUAUAUUGUUCCACUAUGUAUGUUAUUAAGGACCAAGCCUGGACCAUUUUGCUAAUGAAGUGUCGACAUGUCCGGUGACCGGACGAAUAAUUCUCAAGAUAUUCAUCCGGCGACCAGGUCACAUGACCGCUGUAACAAAGUUGGGCAAGAUGUCUGUCUGUCAGCCCUGUCAGGCAACCGCUAAUAGUCGAGAGAUGCAUGGGGGGCAACGAGCAUACACUUCAUUUCAAGAAAUAAGUGGGGGGGGGUUGGUUUGGGGCGAGCAAUGCAUACUAGAAGGAAGAAAAAAAAACAUCAACUCAUAUUUACCCACUAAACGAGACAAUCCUCCAACAAGUAUCCAAUAGUCCACACCUUGGAAUUCUCUUCUCAAAUAACCCAAAAUGGUCACCACAUAUAAACAAAAUUUUAAAAAAAGCCAACUCCACCCUAGGUUUCAUCUGAAGAAAUCUGGUUUACUGCCCAACUUCCUGCAAACGAAAUGCACAAAAAAUCUCGCACUCGUCCGUCCACUGCUGGAAUAUGGUGCCAUCAUCUGGGACCCACACCUUAAGCAAGAUGUGGGCACGAUGGAGCGAAUUCAAUCGCGGUGCGUUUUAUCGCUCGCGACUACCAAUCCACCACUCCUGGCUUCGUCACUGGCCUCUUAAAAAGAUUUGACAUCACCCCCUUAAAGAUAGACGAGAGGGACUCCGCCUGAUAUUCCUAUAUAAAGUGAUCAUGGGACUGGUGCCAGCCAUCCCAGCAGGCACGUAUCUCACCCCACAGAAGCCGGGUAGACUGAUCAGAGCAAAACGCUCACCGAACACCGACUUCACCACUGACAUUCCCAAAAACAAUUACACCAGAAUAAAUAGCAAAUGCUUCAAAGUGCCUCAGUGCAGUAUCAACAAUCUUUCUUCCCACGCACAAUAAUAGCAUGGAAGCACCUGAACGAUGCCACUGUGAACUCGACAUCGGUCGAAAGUUUCAAGGCUGCCCUGGCAUCAGCUAGGAGCUGUUAGAAUAGCAACAUCAUAUCCCCAACCGUUGCAAAGAUGCCAGUACAUGGAUGCAGCAACGAAACAUUACCAGAACCAGAAUACAGAGAGCAAGAAAGAAAGAAAAAAAAUGAUAGUGUGGGGAAUAAAUAAUUAAAGCGGGGAGGUCAAUAGUUCACAAAGGAAUAGACCCUACAUCUUAAUAUAGGGCCAAUAUAGUGUACUGUUGAAGUAGCCUACUUCUCACGCAAUAUUAAUAGCCUAAAAUAAAACUUUUUUGACAGUAGAUCUAUUAACAGUCAACUGGCAAGUAUUGGUCUUAAUUUCUUGGUUUAUAUUUUACAUUUAGGCUACUAGGUAGAGCUUUAUAAAAUAUUUAAAUCAUGAUAAAAAAAAAUUUUCCGGCAACCUCUUGUCACAUGACAUAUCUGCCGGAAUAAUAACACAUACUAGUCGUCUGGCGGUCACGUGACAUGCCUGCCGGAAAAAUAUCCCCCGCACUAUUUGUCCGCUGGCCGGACGUGUAGACACUGCCUUUUCAUAAUUUGUCUUUCAAUUUAUUUCAUGAGAUUUUUAGGCCCAGUUCCAGUUAGUGGAGUCCUAGCCAAUUUAAUUUUAGUAUUGAGUAUAGUUACAAUAUAGUAGUUAUACUAUACUAGUCAAGUAUAGUAUAAUAGUAGUUAUACUAUACUAGUCAAAUUGCUCCUCCUAGUUGUUCCCAACCUUUUUAUUUAGUGGAGAUAUUUUAAGAAUCGAUUUCUGAUGGUCGAUCCUCAUAGGCCUAUAUUAUUAUUAUUAUGACACUUGCGUCUUACAAGACAAGUCAAUGUUGUUUAAGGCCUACAUUUCAGUGUUAGUUUAGGCUUAGGAGUAGUGUUAGAGAAUUCGGAGUGGCUCCAGAGCCCCUAUAGGUGCUUAGGACUCCAUAGUGCACAGGUUGAGAACCACUGAUAAUACAUUUUAACUGGUGUAGAAUAGUGUUUGCACCUUCAUGUGGCUUGAGAGUCGGAUCCUGACAACUGAAGCUCUGUCCCUGCCACACAUUUUUCAGGCGAAUAAUAAAUAUUGAAGAUUGUUUUUUAGGUUUCUGCAGGCUCUCUAAAUUUUGAUGGCACUUUGUAGAGAUUUGAUGCCAUGUUGAGCACUAAUUUUUUUUUUUUUACAUAGAUAUGUACAUGCUACAUAUUGUGCAUGAAAAUUUCAGAAAAAGAAUAAAAAUUAAUUAACAAAUAUUUAAAACUGAUAAACACCAAAAAUAAUAUCCCAUAGAGGUCAGUAAAGUCAAAAUCCAGUAAAGUUAAAAAAUUAAAUAAUAAUAAGACAGUGAGAUCAUUAAUAUGUUCUUAAUGUAAACAAACAAAGCAUAUGUAAACACAGAAGAGUCCUCCUUACCAUGUAAUCCGAAUGGUCCUGCCAGCCAGAAUGAUCUUCAGCACAUUGGUGAUGAUGCUGGAAGCUUUCAUAUCUUUCUUACAAGAUGACAAAAUCACCCAGUUGGUCUGGUCCCUAUGUCAGCUUACUGCACAGCAAGUCCUUCACUUGGGUAAAACGUGGGUCCAUUCUUUGUUAGGUGUUAAAUUCUCUGAUGAAACUAUGAAAUACACUGUCAUAAGAAAAUCUAAAAGUAUUUGUCACAGUAUAUUCAGACUUCCUUGAUUGUCCUCAAUGGUUUUUUAAUGUUUCAGAUUGAUGUGGAAUAAUGUAAGCCUCCAGCCACUGGGGUAAUAGAUCUUGGCUGCUUAUCAACAAAAAGUUUACUUUAUCAAGAGGAUUCCUUCCUCCAGUUUUAUCAUCUCCAAAAUUUAAAUUGUCAUUGGUGUUUCUGCAGUUCACAGACUAUCUUCUUGUAAGUAAAUAGAAGUUUAGAUUAGUUUAGUGCUAUAUAUAUUGGGGGGGGGGGGGGGGGCGAAAUGUUUUUAGUAUUUUAUCUUCAUUCAGAUGCAAUGGCUGUUUGGGCAUGCACCCUUCAGUCUGUAUUGUUAGUAUUUAAAAUAGGCUCCCUCAAAUUUCAUUUUUCUCUUCCACUGGUUUGAAUAUUUUUCAAAUGACAAAGAUGUGAAACUCUUACUUGCCACUGGCCUUACACCAUAUAUUGCUACAUGUGUAUACAGACUAAUCAAGAAAAUGCACAAUGACAUUAUUUUGUUAUUUUCAUUUACAACUUAUUUUUGUUUUAAUAAUAGGCAGAUUUUAAAUAUUAGUCUAAAAAUAUUAUUCUAUAUUUUAUAUCAAAUAAUUAAUCAUGUCAUUUAUUUGUCAGACUCGAUAAAAUGAGUCAAGCAGUAUCAAAUACCCCACAGCCAUCCCAUAGUCGGCAAUAUGGUGAGUGCAAAUAUAACUUUAAAUAUAAAUCUAAUUUUCUCAUUUUAUGGGGCACAUCCAAAUUUUUGUAAAACAGAGUAGCGUGCUCAUGGAAGCCACCUACUUUUUUCAAUUUGGGUUGGUUCCAAAAUCAUCUUUGUUGUUGCUAAACUUCAAAGUUCUGUAUAUCUUGUCUUUUAAUUCCCCUCACAGUAUUUUGAUUCAUUCCAUGUUUACUAAGCCAAAUAUGACAACCAAAAAUGAUAUGAAAGUAGAACCAAAGCAUUUACUCUUUUCUCUCCCAAAUUUUUUUUUUCUUACUUGGUCAGAACCCAUAAUGACCCAACUAUAUUCCCAAUAUUAUUUUGUUAUAAAAUAAAGUAAAUGUUUUAAAUUUUGGUUUAAAAAUUUUAUUUUUCAGCAAAUGUUAACGAAAUCAUAUUGGUACUUGAAAGUAAAAUAAUAAGACAUAAUUGCUUUGUUUUGAUGUUUAGACUAAAUUUUUUGAUUAUCUUUUCUCGUGUCUGGUAUAAAAAUGAGAUUUUCUUGUGUACAGCUUCAAGCACCAGUUCUAGGUCACCACCAGUGACUCCAAGGCCUCAGUCACGGCCUUACACUGAAUAUGUUGCACAGCAACAGAGGGUGCUAUCAACAUGCAGGAAUGGACAGAACAAAGAUCUAACAGAUGGACCAAGGCUGUGGCGUCAAAUGAUGAUUGGCUUCACAUGUGCUGGAUUUGUAGGGCUAAUCAUGUUGGUGUUGGGUACAGUUUUUAUCGCAGAGGCUGUUGGGAAGCAGCAACCUAUUACUGUUAUGCUGUGUGUUAUGGGUAUUGGUAUGUAUGCAUAAUGUAUUUUUAGUAUUUUCAAGCAGAUAAUCACAUAUAUUGAAUUUUAUGUUUUCAUAUCCUUUUUAUUUGGGAAGAAAACUGCUAGCGAAAUAAGAUUUUUUAUAUUUAAUUUUUUUAAAUGUCAAAACAUUCAUUUGAUUUUCCACAUGUACGUCUUAUCCCAGCUAGUAUAUUGUCUGAAAAAAUGUACCCAUUCAAAUUUUGUAAAGUGAUUUUUAGUUAAUGUAAUAAUGUUGCAUUUUAAUUAUUUUUUCCUGGCUUAAGAUCAUUUUCCAUUACAGUAUUUGGAAUAAUUAUACUGGUUGGGACAAUUAUCCUUGGAAGACUUCUUAUCUCACGGAAGUGGCUCAGGUGUCAAGGAACAGAAACAGUGCAAGCUUCACAAUGUUUUCACACAUGUUCAGGUAAAACUUUUGCUGAUCCAGUCUAAAAUUUAUUUUAGUGUUUCAUGUUUAUUACCUGUAAUAUUUCUUAUCAUUUCCACUUAAAAAACUAGAUUUAGCCUUCAGUAAAAAUGUAAUAAUUGCACCAAAUAGAGGCAAUAACAACUUGUCACUCAUUCAUCAUCAAGGCCUGCUCUAAGCUACUCUAACCCUGCCAACCUCAUUCUGCUCAAAGCCUCUCCAACUUCCAGCAACAGACAGCUUCGCAUCGCCUAAUUCAACGCUCAGUCGCUUGGCUCUUAUGAGAAAUGCAUCGCAGUCUCCGAAUUUAUCACAGAUAGGCAGACUGACAGUCUGUUUAUCCAGGAGACCUGGUUUUGGCUGACUGGUGAUGAGGAGAAGUGUGCCGAUCUCGCUCCAUCUGGCUAUUCUGCCCAAACAUUUCCUCAUUCAACUCGCGGUUGAGGACUUGCUGUUAUCUCUAGAGCCACGUUGUCCCAUCAUACAGCUUUUGUCAUAGACCUCCCACUCGCUCACACAUCUUUUGAAGCAGUUCGACUUACCCUUUCAGUUUAUGUGCAUUUAUCGCAUCUUCCCUAGUAAGAAAAACAAACUGACGGAUGUAAUGUUUCAUCGAGAUUUUCCGGAUUUGUUAGAUCAUUACAACACAUUGGCUGGGACUUAUAUUGUAGUUGGCGACAUGAACUUUCACUUUGACCAGCCCCAGAAUCCUUCCACUGCUAAGAUGAUGGAUCUUUUGGACUUGGUUAGUUUUAAGCAUUUUGUUGACCAACCGACUCAUAAUCGAGGAAAUGUUGUUGAUUGGGUGCUACAUAGGCCUCAGGUUGGUGUAGUUACCUCUUCUUCAAUUACUCAAGAGCUGUCCUCAGACCACUUCUGCGUUAUUGCCCCCUCUCCUCUCCAUCAGUUCACGGAGGUCUGCAGUGUGAGUGCUAUAAAUAAGGAUGCCUUUAAGCAUGAUCUGAUUUUAGGAGUGUCCCCCGCCCUCUGCUCUACUUUGAAAACGCUAGACUUUACCUUACACGCUGUGCUUAACCGGCACACCCCUGUUACCCACCGAAUUGUUAGGUCAGCAUGGUCAGCUCCCUGGUUUGUGACCAUCAGAGAAGAACUAGGUAGUGCCAAGAAAGAAUGAGAUCUGUGGAAAAGAAAUGGUUGAGGUAAUGCUUUGCUGACCAUAAGCAAAUCUUUUCCGCUAACUCAGAAUGUUUAUCGUGCUAUGUCUUUGUAUUCUAGCAAUAGGAUCAUUAUGGGUAAAACCAGCAGCCAGUUGUUUGACGCCUGUAGGCACCUCACAGGAAGUAACAAAGUAAAUGUUCUUCCUUCAGUGUAUCCAUUGCCUCAGCUACCAGAUAUUUUUUGUAAUUUUUUCACACACAAAGUAGAUAAAAUUCUUGCUGAGCUUAAUCAUCUUGACGUAUCGCCCCUUGACCUGCCUCCUCCUUCUGGCGUUAGUUCAUAUUUCGAUGUUUCAGAACAAGAGGUCAAAAGUAUUAUUCUAAAAUAUAAACAUUGUUAUGUUUUUCGACUCCAUUCCCACUUUACUGUUAGUUGAGUUGUUGAAUCAAUUGCUCCCAAUGAUAACCCAUAUAGUCAAUGAGAGCUUGUCUUCUGGCAUUGUUCCCUGUCUUUGUAAGACAGCCGUCAUCAGUUCAGGGAGGUCCGCAGUGUGCGUAUUGUAAAUAGAGAUGCCAUUAAGCAUGAUCUAAGUUUAGAAGUGUCCCCCGCCCUCUGCUCUACUUUGGAAAUGCUGGACAGUACCUUGCGAGCUGUGCUUGACUGACAUGCCCCUGUCAUCCGCCGCAAUAUUAAGUCAGCACAGUCAGUCCCCUGGUAUGUGACCUUAAGUGAAGAACUACGCAGUGCCAAGAAAGAGUGGUGUAGUGCAGAAAAGAAGUGUUUGAGGUCAGGUCUUGUGGUUUCUAAGCAGAUUUAUUCCGCUGACAAAAAUGGUGUCACUCGGAUUGUUUGUCGUGCUAAGACUUGCUAUAUUAGCCAAAAGAUAAUUAUGGGUAGAACCAGCAGGCAGUUGUUUGAUAUUUUCUGUGAUUUUUUUUUACAAGCAAAGUUGCUGACAUUCGCGGUGAGCUUGAUCAUCUUGACGCACCGCUCCUAGAUUUGCCUCCUUCGUCUGGUGAAAGUUCACAUUUCAAUGUUUUUUAACCUGUUUCAGAACAAGAGGUCAAAAGUAUUAUUCUAAAAUCUAAACCUACGUCAUGUUCUUUGGACCCCAUCCCCACCCCCCUGUUGGUUGAGUCGUUAGAUCAUUUGCUCCCAACCAUAACCCACAUAAUCCAUGAAAGCUUGUCUUCUGGGAAUGUUCCCUCUCUUUGUAAGUCAGCUGUCAUCAAACCAUUGCUUAAGAAGCCUGGUCUGGAUGAAAAUAAUUUAAAAAACUAUAGACCUGUAUCUUACUUAUCAUUUUUAUCUAAAGUCAUUGAAAAAUAGUCUAUAACAACUUUUUGUUUACUUAAACGACCACUCUCUUUUCUGUCCUAAUCAUUCAGGCUGUAGACAUUUCCACAGAUCAGAGAUCCACCACUACCUCACAGUUAGCGCAACAAAAGUCCCAGUCUGUGUUCUUGUUCUCUCUCGUCUUGACUAUUGCAACUCUCUUCUGUCAGGUUCACCAAAACACUGCAUAGAAAAACGGCAGAAAGUUCAAAACUCAGCUGCUAGGCUUGUUCUACAGGCAAAAAAAAACGUGUUCACCUCACUCCACUACUCCUUUCACUUCAUUGGCUCCCUAUACAGGCACACAUUGAUUUACAAGCUGUCUGUUCUUUAUGUUUACCGGUGACAGACUAUGAUAAUGUGAUCUGCAUGUUCACUCAAUAUAAAUAUAAAUGAAUAUCUAUAGCAAAUACACUUAUGCAAAACUAGGUGACCACAGAUUCCAAUAUAAACGUCGACCAUCUACUUUUAGAAGUUAACUUUUUUUACACCAGCUUAACUCAAUCCCACUAGACACGUAGUCUGAGUAGUUAUUGUAUGCAUUAUAUAUACUGUAGGUUUAUUUCUUUUUACCAUUAAGAUACUGUGUUACUGUACACUUUUGAGAUGAUGUAUUACAAUUUUAGAAGUUCAAGGGUCAACAGUUCUGAUCUCUUUUCAACAUGUGCUUUAUCUACAUAACAUUUACAUGUUUUAUUGUGCCCUACUUUCAUUGAUGUUUUCUUUUUUUUAAAGUCUUCAAGAUUUAUUUACUAAACAAAAUGAACUCAUUUAAUGUAAAGCAAAAAGUACCUUUUUUUAAAAAAAAACAAAAAUGAAAUUUUCAGUUAUUUACAGUCCUUCACUUGAUCAACUUGGGGCAAGUGAGACCAUGCUAGAGCCACCUCCUGCUUAUGAUUCCGUGAUAUCCAUUGUCUUACACCCACUACAUGGCCAGAGUGCACCCGCUUAUGUGGAAACCCUGCCUGAUGAGGAGGAUCAGGCGGCCAUCAUGGUGCUACCCCCAAAGUAUGAUGAGGUCACGAAGCCGCUUCCAGAAUAUUAUGAGGACCAUUGCCCUUCUUAGCUACUCCAGCUUUAAUAUGCAAUUUUUUUAAAGGUUGCUGAAAAAUGUUAAGUUUUAGAAAUGAAGGUAAUGUUCCUCCAUGAAGUGCAGGUUGUUUUUUGUCCAGAAGUGAUAAAUAUUGACUCAAAGAGUAAUGUCUUCUAUAAUAUGGAAACAUUGAGUUAGUUUCAUUUGUUUAUUAAUUUUAUCUUACAAAAAAUUGAUAUUUUAAAUUUACGUGAUAAUGCUGUAAUAUGUUUUUACUUAUGUUAAAAAGUAAACCUUUAUGGGUGAUUCAAAUUAUAUUUGUACAAAAUUUCUACAUGUGACAUACUGCUAUUUAAUGCUUUAGUCUUAAUGUUUUUUACUUGAAAGAAAUCCUUGUUCAAAUGUUUUUAAUUACUGUAUAUUUUCAUGUAAUUAUGAGAUACUUGUUUUAUCAUAGUUGAACUUUAAAAAAAUUAUUAAA